AUUCCAUGUUGGAACUCCGGUGACGUUCUGAGCAGGCCGGGGGACCGCGGGCUGGCAGCUCGGAGAGUCCGGGAUGUGGCCCGUGUGUGCCGGCUUCCUGCUGCUGCUGAGAGCGGGGAGUGCUGGAGGGGCGCUGUGUGAUAACGGCCGGUUUAACCUUCAUAUGGAUCUUCCAGGAGAAUUUGCCUAUGUUUGUCCUGAAGAACACUGGCCUGUUCCCAGCAAGCAGGUCCUUCCAAGUAUUGCCACCAAGCACAGGCAGGAGAAUUCCUUCUGUGCCUGUAUGGACACCCAGAUAGUGUACACAUCACCUAUUCCUAACAGUGGGGUACACCGGCCAAAGUGGGCCAAAUAUGGAGAGUACAUCUACUGCCCACCCCAGCGCUGGGUUCACAGCCUUAAGCGUGGAGCGGUUGCAUUUUUGUAUCAUCCCUGUGUUCACCCAGAGCUAAAAGAAGAAUUCUCCCUUGUGGCUCGCUCCUGCUUGUACAAACACAUAAUUACUCCCCUUCAUAGUCUCUCAAAAGACAGGCCCCUCGCCUUGGCUGCAUGGAGUUCUACGCUGGAAAUGUCUCAUAUAGAUCUGAAAGAGGUUAGACAGUGGCUGCAGGACAAUAUCUACCGAGACCAUGAAAAUGUGAUGCAGAAUGAGGGCAUCUAUGAUUACCUUCUGAUUCAGCCUUCCUCGAGGAUAGUGUCUGAUAUAUAUGGCACUGAAGUCUGUCCAAAAAGUCAGCUUGAGAUGUUAAGGAAUUCUCCAAAGCGUGGACAGUGGUUAAAGAAAUUAAAAAAGAGAAGUGCAGCAUCCAUUUCUGGUUCCCUCGAAGUUCCAGCUGCUCCUCUAGUUCAGGAUGGAGAGAAGCUAUCUCAGAAUGCCUCUGUUACAUCAAAUGUGCAAGCUGCAAAUAUCACUAAAAUACAACCUGGGAUUCCACUUGUACCAACUAAUGGUAUAACUGAUUCACCUACUCCAGCAAUGAACGUCAAAGAACCUGUCGUUUUGGUUUCUACACCUCCUGUUCCAAACGAAGAACGUUCUAAUAGGUAUCUAGUGGAGCGCAGGGAAGCAUUGGACAUAAACAAUCAUAUGGAGAACCGUAUACCAGAAUCAGAAGUACAAAAAAAUCUAACCUUUUUGGGGAAUAAUUUACCUGAUCAUAAUUUGGGAUCCAUAUCUACAGAAAAUCUCCAAAAUACAUCUGAGAAAAGAGCAGACUUCAAGGACAAAACAUUACAAUCUCCAGUGAAUAAAGAACCUGACUUCUCUCAGGACAAGGAAUAUAUCAACCGCACAGAAAAAAAGGCACACAAUUCCAUGUCUGAAAAAACAGAAGAGACGUUGACUGAUCAUCCACUGGAACCUGCAUCUGCUUCUGGUUCACAGUCCCCAGUAGUUGCGGAAGGAAAACAAGAGUGCAAAUGUGAACAUGAGCCGUCACCGUUCAUACCACCCAAAGCACAAAAAAGAUCUGGUUCUGGGCAGCAGAAGACUGACCUCUAUGUGUCUACACCACGCACAGAAGAGGCAUCGUGGGCAGCUGCAUCUUUGAUCUUCCUUUUUGUUUUGUUGACUGUGUGCGUGUUGUACACCAAAAUUCAUAAGAAGUUCCGUAAGAGCCAGAGCCUGUACUGGGGGUCAGGAGGAGGCUAUGUAGAUACAGAGACAGUGGCAUCUGUUAUCAAGAGGAGACUGAAACAAGGUUACAGCAAACGAAAGAAAUGGAUUGGUCGCAAGAAGCCCCCUAUGUUGUUGUAUGAAAGUUUAAGUGAAAGUUCUGACUAACACUCAGCGUGGCCUGUUUGAAAACACUGAACAAAUGAAGCGGCUCAGUUCAGCAAUCACUAAAUUGAUAUUGAAGGUAUCAUAUUAAUCAUGAAGGGCAGCCAUAGUAUGUUGUUUUUUUUAUUUUAUUUAAUUUUUUCACUUUUAUGUUCUCCCAGCUGGUUUACUUAAUUAGAUUUGGGUGUGAGUUUUAUCAAUCAUUUAUUUUAAGCCAUUUGGCAAUGUUCAUGUAAACACGGUGAUCUUAAUGAAUACUGGAACCAUGUUUGGGCAUGAACUAAAAUGUUUAUGAAGAAACUGGACAUACAGCCAACUUUUUACUCAUAGCUGGAAAAUGUGCAAAAACUCCAAAGCAGAUUCCUUUUAACCCCUUAAGGACCAAACUUCUGGAAUAAAAGGGAAUCAUGACAUGUCACACAUGCCAUGUGUCCUUAAGGGGUUAAUCCACACAUGAACAAAUCUAACCAUUAGGGAUUCACAUGUAGAGUCUUAGUGAAUGAAUAAGACCCCACAUUAAAAUCCUGGCUAACUAUAUACGUUUGGGGGUGGAUUAAAGGGUUUUUGAUUUGGAUGAAGCGACAAACCUUUUCCAUUUUGGAAAAAUUUAGUUUUUUAAUUUUGCACAAGUCUGUGGACACUGAAAAUAUGUGUGUGUGAAAAAUCCGUGUA